CUGAAUUUUUUAUUGUUUAAAAAAUAAAUUAUUAUUAAACAAAAAUUACACAUUAUGAAUCAUUCAACAUCACAGAUUGCUGCCGUUACAUUUAAAUUGUUUGGUGAAAAUGAAGCCAAAAAACUAAGCGUAUUACCAAUUACAAAUGUUCAUGUAUUUGAUCCACUUGGACAUCCAUUAGAUAAUAGUCUUGCCGAUACUAGUUUAGGACCAUUGAAACGUAAUGAUUUCUGUAAAACAUGUGGCCUAACCGAUUCCGAAUGUCUUGGUCAUUUUGGCCAUAUUCAACUUCCAUUGCCAGUGUUCAAUCCAUUUCUAUUGAAACAUGUUUUUCAGGUGUUGAAAAUGUUCUGUUUCAAUUGCCAUCGAUUAUUAUUCACACCGUUCAAUGUAGAAAUAUAUAUCGCUCAAUUACGUGCAUUAGAUCUUGGUUUGGAUUAUAUUCUUGAUGAUAUCUUACAAUAUGCCAAUGAUAUUUCACAAUCAACCAAAGGUUUUGAUUGGAGUUCAUUUGAAGGAAAAACAUUUUUACGUACAAAAUUAACCACAUUGAUCAAUUCAGAAUGUCGAAAUCAAAAGAAAAAAAAUUCAAUGAAAACAAAUGACAAACCUAUGGAUGAUAAUGAUAAUGAUGAUGAUGAUGGUAUUGUUCAAUUAGAAUCGGUUGAAAUAAUUAAUUCAAAAAAUGUGAUUGAAAAAAAACAACAUUUAUUCAAAGAUCUAAUCAGUAUGAAAAUGAUAAAACCAACUAAAGUUUGUAUGAAUUGUAAUUCAAAAAAACGUGGCCUUAAUGUUAUUAAUAAAUCAUCGAUAGUCAUGACUACUGGUAUACGUUCGAAAAAUGUAAAUGAUAUGGAUGAAACUAUAGGUAUUGAGAAUCGAACAUCAAUGGCAAUAGAGAUGAAAGGAAAAUCAUAUUUAACACCAGUACAAGCACGUGAACAUUUACGAAAAUUAUGGCUAAAUGAAAAAGAUGUACUAAUACGAUUAUUUCCAUUUUUAAAUAUUGAUUUCAAUCCAGAUAAUGCAAUAUCAAAUGAUGAAUGUGAAUGUCCAAUGGAUGUAUUUUUCUGGGAAACAAUCAUUGUCACACCGAAUCGUUUUCGACCAUUAAAACAUAUGAAUGGAAAAUCAUUUGAACAUCAUCAAACGGCAGCACUUGGUGAUCUUAUGUUGGUGGCUAAAUCAUUGGAAAUUGCAUUGGAAAAUGCUAAAAAAACUAAUGGUGAUAAUAAUAUUGAACGUUUCUAUCGAAAAUGGUUACGGCUACAGAUUCUUUGUAAUCGUAUCUAUGAUAUUGGUAUGGAUAAUUUACCGGAUAAAAAAUCUUUAGGAGUGAAACAAAUUCUUGAGAAAAAAGAAGGCCUUAUGCGUAAAAAUAUGAUGGGUAAACGUGUUAAUUUUGCUGCUCGUUCUGUGAUAUCACCUGAUCCAUAUAUAAUGGCCGAUGAAAUUGGUGUACCAUUGGUUUUUGCUACAAGAUUAUCAUAUCCACAACCGGUAACCGAUUGGAAUGUCAAACAAUUACAAGAAAUGAUUAUUAAUGGACCAAAUCAACAUCCAGGAGCAUUAUCCAUUACAUAUGAAGAUGGCUAUACUGUACGUUUGAAACCGGAUGAUAUAAAUCAACGUCGUUCAAUAGCUGCCACAUUACAACCAUCAUCAUUUCAUCAUAAUCAAGCAAUGCAAGGUGUUAAAAUUGUUAAUCGUCAUCUAAUAUCGGGUGAUGUUCUUCUUCUUAAUCGUCAACCAACAUUGCAUAAACCAUCGAUUAUGGCACAUCGUGCACAUGUAUUGCCCAAAGAAAAAACAUUACGGCUACAUUAUGCUAAUUGUAAAUGUUAUAACGCUGAUUUUGAUGGCGAUGAAAUGAAUGCACAUUUUCCACAAUCCGAAUUGGCACGUUCUGAAGCCUAUAAUAUUGCAUCGGUUAAUUAUCAAUUUCUUGUACCAAAAGAUGGAUCACCGUUGUCCGGUCUUAUACAAGAUCAUAUCGUUGCUGGCGUAUUAUUGUCAACACGUGGUAGAUUUUUCAAUAAAAAAGAUUAUCAAGAACUUAUAUAUGGUGCAUUAUCAUUUUUAACGAAUAAAUCAAUCAAAUUUCUUCCACCAACCAUCCUGAAACCAGAAUGUCUAUGGUCAGGAAAACAAAUCAUUUCGACAUUAUUGUUGAACAUUAUACCGGCGAAUAAACCAUUACCAACAUUUCAAAUUGAAUGUAAAGUUUCGACUAAAUUAUUGAUUUCAGAAAAACCAAGACCCUGGACUGUUGGUGGUCCAUUAGGUGAAAAAGAUAUGUGCGAAAGUCAAGUAAUCUUUCAUCAUGGUGAAUUAUUAUGCGGUAUCAUGGAUAAAGUAAGCUUUGGUGCAAAUAAAAAUGGUCUAAUUCAUGUCUGUUAUGAAUUGUAUGGUGGUGAUAUCCAUUCACGUCUGUUGACGGCUAUUGCACGUCUUUGUACCAAUUAUCUUCAAUCAUAUCAUGGAUUUACAUUAGGCAUACACGAUAUAUUGGUCAAAUCGAAACCGGAUUCAAAACGGAAAAAAAUAAUUCGUACAUCAAAAUCUUUAGGUAUGAAUGCUAUUGGUGAAGCUUUUCAAAUACCAUUCGAUAGUGAUGAUAAUAUGGUCAUGUCAAAAUUUCGUGAAGCACAUACAGCACGUGAUAAUGAUUUUAUGAUGAAACAAUUGGAUGCUGCUUAUAAAUCACAAACAGAUUCACUCAAUAAUCAGAUUACACAGAUUUGUAUGCCUAAAGGAUUGGUGAAAAGUUUUCCAGCCAAUAAUCUACAAAUGAUGAUUCAAACUGGUGCUAAAGGUGGUUCAGUGAAUGCUAUCCAGAUUUCCUGUUUACUUGGCCAAAUUGAAUUGGAAGGUCGCCGAAUACCGUUGAUGAUGUCUGGCCGUACUUUGCCAUCAUUUCGGCCAUAUGAAACACAACCACGUGCCGGUGGUUUUGUUACCGGACGCUUUCUUUCUGGUAUUCGACCACAAGAAUUUUUUUUCCAUUGUAUGGCUGGUCGUGAAGGUUUGAUUGAUACGGCUGUAAAAACUUCUAGAUCUGGUUAUCUUCAACGUUGUCUUAUUAAACAUCUGGAAGGAUUGAUUGUCAAUUAUGAUCUUACUGUACGUGAUUCUGAAGGAUCAGUUAUACAAUGGCUUUAUGGUGAAGAUGGUUUGGAUAUUCUUAAAUCACAAUCAUUGAAAACAUUUUUUCCAACUAUAUUGAAUAAUCGUGAAGCAUUGAAAGCAAGUAAAGAUGAAAUAAAAAAAUUAACAUUGAUUCGUAAUCCAAAUUUGAUGAAACAAAUUCAACGUGUAAGAAAAUUUCAAAAAUCAAAUACAAAAUCGACAAAAAUAUCAUCAUCAUUAUCACCAUUUUUAAUGUUUGAACAAGAAAAAUGUCAAAAUAAUUCAUCCAUUACAAAAGAUGAAUUGAAAAAAAUGUGGUAUGAUCAAGAUGACAAACAACGACUGUUAUCGAUAAAGACUAUAAUGAAACCAAUUGAUCCAUUGAUACCAGAAUAUCGACCAGAUUUAAAUCUUGGUGCUACAAGUGAAAUGUUGGAUAAAAUUGUUAAUGAUUAUGUUUAUACUGAUUUAAAAAAUCAAUCAAAAAAUGUUGUUAAUGAAUUCCGUCAAACAGUCAAUGUUUGUUAUAUGCGAUCAUUAUGUUCACCAGGUGAAGCUGUAGGCCUGUUAGCAGCACAAUCGAUUGGUGAACCAUCCACCCAGAUGACAUUGAAUACAUUUCAUUUUGCUGGUCGUGGUGAAAUGAACGUAACUUUGGGUGUUCCACGUCUUCGUGAAUUAUUGGUUACGGCAUCCAGUAAUAUUUCUACACCAAGUAUGGAUAUACCGUUUCGUACGGAUAUUGAUGCCAAUGUGAAUAUUGAAGAAGAAGCAGAAAAUGUACGUUUACGUUUGAAUGCUGUACGAUUGAAAGAUGUACUUGAAUUUGUUGAUAUUAAUGAACAUAUUGAAGUUGGUUCAUCAAAUUCUUUCGGUGAUCGAUCACGUAUUUAUACUAUCCGUUUUGGAUUCUUACCGAAAUCCUAUUAUAAACGACGAUAUUUUACAACACCAUCGAAAAUUUUACAUUAUGUUGAAACGACAUUUAUUCGACAUUUUAUUGAUGCUUUAAAUCGUCGAUUACGUUUAUUGACACAAUCUAGUGGAUUAUUUGAUACGAAAAAUACACGUUUGCGAUCAUCAAUAGGCCAGAUGAAAAAGAAAACAAUCAUUGAUGGUGAUGAAGAAGAAAUGAUGCAACAAGAAAAUGAUGAAAAUGGUGGUAGUGACGAUGGUAAUAAUAAUGAUAAUGAUGAUUCGAAGAAAAAGAAACCAUUACUUGAUGAUGAUAAUGAUGAUGAAGAUGAAGAUUUUGAUGAUUAUGAUGUUGAUGAAGGUGAAGGUGAUACUGUAGCAAUGAGACAACGUUCACGUUUAAAUCAAGAACAAGAAUAUGAAGAACCUGAUCAAGAAGAAAUUGAAGAUCAAGAUGAUGAUAUUGAUGAUAUUAAUGAUGAUGAGCAUAAAUCACAAUUAUUUAAUGAUAAUGAUAAUCAAUAUGCCGAUAUUCUUUAUAAUCUUGUACAUAAUCCGAUAAUUAAAUCUGAACAAAUUGAUGAUGAUGAUGAUGUUACAGCUGAAAAAAAUGUAUCAUUACGUGAACAUAGAUUAGCUGAAAAACAAAAAAAUCUUGAAGCAAUGGCUGAAGAACGAAAAAAACGUGUACUGAACAAAUCACCCGGUUGUAUAAUGGAUUAUUCAUUCGAUACUAGUCGUGAACUUUGGUGUGAAUUUCAAUUGAAAUUUCCACUAAUAUCGGCUAAAUUAGAUCUACGAACCAUUGUUGAAGAGGAAGCAUUCCGAGCUUUCAUACAUCGUGUCGGCCGUAUUGAUCGAGCAUUUUUGGUCAAAGAUAAUGAUGCAGCACAGAAAGGUCAAUCGUUUUGUAAAUUGAUCAAAACCGAAGGUGUGUCCGUACCACAAGUAGUGGAAUUUGAACGUUUCCUUGAUUUACGUCGAAUCUAUACGAAUGAUAUGCAUGCUGUUGCACGUACAUAUGGAAUUGAAGCAGCACGUGCUGCUCUUAUACGUGAAAUUAAAAAUGUUUUCGCCGUAUAUGGUAUAUCGGUAGAUGGUAGACAUUUAUCGUUGAUUGCCGAUCAUAUGACAUUUACCGGUACCAUUAAGGGUAUGAAUCGUGGAGCAAUGGAUGGAAUUUCACCACUUCAAGCAAUGACAUUUGAAACGACUACAAAUUUUCUUAAAAAUUCUCUACUUUUAGGCUUAAAAGAUGAUUUACAAUCACCAUCAUCACGAUUAGUAAUAGGACGUCCAACAGUGGUCGGUACUGGUUUGUUUGAAACACGACUCAAACCGAAAAUGGUUUCCGAAAUGAUCAAACCGGAUCUACGUUUAAGUACAUCGUUACAACGUCAUCAUACAUCGACAUCAUUCCUUGGCCAACCAUCAACAUCACGAUCAUUGUUUGAUCGCUUCUCGAAUGUCGAUAAUAGGCAAUCAUCAUCAUUCUUAUCACCUUCGAUGUUUUCACCAAAUCUAUUCAGUACAGCCCGGAAAGAUAAAUCCAACAAAAAUCGAAAACGAUCUAAACCUGAUGUCAGUAAUGAUGAUGAAGAUAAUAAUGGUGAUAAAACUGGAAGUUCCAUUUCCAUUAAAAAAGAAAUUAAUUCCGAUGUUGAAGAGUCUGUAACACCACCAGCCACAAAAAAGGUGAGAAAAUCUAAAAAAUUGCUUAUAAAAUCUGAAUUUGAUGAUUGAUGAUAAUGCGAAACUAAAAAAAAUGUGCAAAAACAAUUUUCCAAUA